UCUAAAUGACAAUAAGUGUUGGGACAUAUGACAGAAUAUUCAAAUCAAUUCCUCAGACAAGUAAUAAAACCGUCAAACAGAAGUAAUGUUCAAGCUGUAAAUUGUCAUAAAUAGAAAUCAGUUCAAUAGCUUUCUUGAUUAAUUUUAGAAGCAUCUGCCAUCUGAAACUAUGAGGUGUCCUGGAUGUGAUAGAGAAGUUUACUUUGCUGAGCGUGUAAGCUCAUUCGGUUGUGACUGGCAUCGCCAAUGCUUAAAGUGCAGCAGAUGUAGUAAAACCAUGCUUCCCGGUUGUGGCCUAGAACGUGAUGGAAAACUAUAUUGUACUGAACCUUGUUAUAAUACGCUGUUUGGACCGAGAGGUUAUGGUGCGGUUCCAGACAUUGAUGACUUUUACGCAUAAUAUUGAAAUCUCGAAAACGUACGAUCAUUUUUCAUUAUUAACACUGUUUGCAAGACUCAUGAAAUAGAUUUAUUUAAUUACUACUUAUCUCUGUGAUUUUAAUACCAUAUACUUUGUAAUAAAAUCGCUUAUCAUAAGAUGCGUGUUUUUCGUUCUAUACCACAAUGAUCCGGGGUUAAAUGAUAGUGAGAGGUGCCAAAGGUUAUCUUUAAUAGACCAUGAUGCACAUUGGUUUACUGAAUAACGAUCAUCGUUGAUAACUAAUUUUCAAAGAAAUUAUCGGUAGAAAUUUGGAGAAACGUAACACAAAUAGAAUAAAAUCACACAGGUAAACUUCAGGUAAGGAGUAGAAAUUCUCACAUCGUAACUAUAAAACUCAGAAGGGU